AUGGCGUUCUUCUCGAAUUUGUGGCGCCGGAUUGGGUCGCAGCUUGUAGCGAUUAAUAUUGGCGGAGGCCUAUUUCCUAGAGAGGUUGACAUGUAUUUGUACGCCUUGCGUCGCAUGCAACAGAUGCAGUGCCACCUGCUGCCACCCGCCCACGUACCUCCGCCCGGUUGGAUUGUAAUCAGGGUAGAUGUCGAUGCUUCCCGGAUAUCGAGCUCUUAUUCAUCAAGUCUCAAGGAACUAUGCUUUGAUCAUGCAUUCAAGAUUCUGAUGGCCAUUGUGGACCCGAGGUAUCGUCCCGGCCCUGCUGGCGUGGUCAAUGGCCAUCCCACCUUCCACGCGGAUGGGACCCGAGUGAGCGAAGGGGACUGGAUAACUUGGGGGCUUGACAUCGAGGCUGGUCAGGCCGGGGUUGGCAGUAUCAGCACCUUUCUCGCACUCCCAGGAGAACCCCCAGAGAUGGUCCGAGGCUUUACCAAAAGACGCAAGCUCUCAUAUGAGCCCACGCGCUGA